CCGGCCCCUUGCUCUGGGGGUACAUGUAUUAUAAUUAUAGACGAAGCCAGUAAACUUCAUAAUUAUCAUAACAGUAAAGUCUGUUUGAGAAGUCGAACAAGCCAAGCUUCAGGUGAUAUAAUAAUAAACAUUGCACAAAAUGGCUGAGGGAAGAGAUCAGUUACCUAGUGACGUGGACGGAGAAGAAGAGACGUGUGCAAAUAUUUGCUUCUGCUCAACUGGACCCGAAUGUGAACCACUACCACCCCAAGCGGAAACUGAGCAUCAUGAUGGAGCCGCAGCUGUGGUUCAAUGUGAACUAAUUUGGAAGGAGAGAGAGAUACUUAAGGUGUACUUCAUGAAUCCUCCAGUCCUAGAUAGCUGGGGUAUUGGAGUGACUACUCAGCAGAUAUUGGACUGGGCUAACGAAGCCUGGUCGAAGGAUCCAGACAGCAAGGUGCCAAAGUUUAAGCUCUAUGAAACAAGUCGCAGAGCAGAUGUACGAGUCAAGUUUGCAGAGAUGAAAGGUACUAAGUCGGAGGGUUGUUGGUCAAUGGUGGGCAUGCAUGCCACUAAAGCCAAGAAGGAUAGUCCGACUAUGGUGCUAGAUCUCACCGAUGAAUUUAUCGCUGUCAAGAAAACAAAAAAUCAAUACAGGAGAAGUCUGGUCAUCCAUGAGUUUGGACAUGCCUUGGGGCUUGAGCACGAACACCAGCGCUCUGAGCUGUGGGAGGUUUUAGAGAAGUACAUUGACAAGGAGAAAAUGAAUGAUACCGAAGGUGUGAGUACUAAAAAAUCAAAAAAUGGAGUCUCGACAUUUGGCAUGGACUGGACAAAUAUGAAAUUCAAGGAAGGGAAAAAGUUCAAUUUGUCAACAGACUAUGACCCACUCAGCAUCAUGCACUAUGGGUUUGACAUGGACUGGCUCAGGAAUCCGGAUCUGCGUAGACUCCACUCCCUGGAAAGGUCAGAUAUACCAGAGGAAGACAAAGUGAUCAUCAAAGGACUUCACAGGAGGCAGUCACUGGCAGAGAAUCCUUCUGAAAAAGACCUGAAACAUUUGGAAGAUGCAUAUACGAAAUGCCAAAACCAAAAGAAAGUUUGACAAACUGUUGAACAUAAUAAUUGUUGUUGUUUUAGUCAUAGCUAAAAUAUGUGUAUUAAUUAUAUUUUUUUAUACAUUUUGUAUGUUUUGAAGGUUUGGUAAAGGAUCAGUA